CUGCAGUGCAGCUCAAUGCAUGAAGAGAACAUAACUGAACACAACAGAGCGACGAGAUCAGACGAGAUGGCUCUAACGAGAAAGCUCGGCGAGCUGUCAAUCCAGUUGUUGAGAAACAAAGCAUGUUUAUACACUACAGCGAGAUGUUCCUCCGACAAACCGUUACCAUGGAACUACCUCUGGGAGCCGAAAGAAUACUCGAAAAAGGAUCACGACAAGAUCGCCGAGAAGUACCAUUUGCACCCAAAGGAGUAUCAGCCUUAUCCUGAAAGUGAAAAUAAAUAUCUUGGCGAUUAUCCGAAACUGCCCAUGAUAGGACCAGCCGCUAAAGACCCGUACUAUCCGUAUGACAUCCCAGAGUACAGGAAAAAUUAUCACGAAACGCUACAUGACCAGUUUGAAAUUAUGGGCGAGGAUCGUUAUAGUUAUGGCUAUAAGUAUAAAAUUGAUCCGCCUGUGGCAACAGCAAUAUUUAUAGCAACCAUACUUGGGUUAGGUGCACUCACUUACUUGUGUGAACCUUACAAAACAAUGCGACCGAGGAUGGCACAGCAGUUUCCCCAGAAAGGUGUAGUGCAUUAUUCAUUUGAGCCAGCAGAUUCGGGAAAGUAGGAUGAGUAAAAAGAAUAGAUUUAUAUGAAAGAUACAACAGUGUCCAAUAUAAUAUAUAAUGUAACAGUUGUAAUAUGAAUAGUAUUUAUAUUACGACAUAUGCCUCAUAGUUACAAUGUUUCUGCAAUAUUGGAAAUUUUCAACAUUUGUUGUAACUUCAGUUUCUCAAUUUCUUUCUCUAUUUGUAUUAUAGUCUUCGAUCUGUAUAUAAAAGCAAUAAAUUGCUAACUAUUAAUAAUAAUAACAACUUAAUUAUGA